UACACUAACACAUAUAGAUCAUCAAACACAAAAAGAACAUAGCCAUAGCCAUGUCUUCUUCUGUUACAGCCAUGGAAGCCAAGAAGUCAAACAAAAUCAGAGACAUCGUAAAGCUUCAACAGAUCCUCAAGAAAUGGAGAAAGGUCGCUCAAGCAUCCAAACAAGCCAACAACAACAAGAUUAACAACGAAGAGGACAUCAACAACAGCAUCAACAAAACUGGAAGUGGCAGUACUGGAAGUAAGAGCAUCAAGUUUCUGAAGAGGACACUAUCCUUCACAGAUGUAACAGCUGUGCCUAAAGGCUACUUAGCUGUCUCUGUGGGGAAAGAGGAGAAGAGAUACAAGAUACCAACAGACUACCUUAGCCACCAAGCUUUCCACGCACUGUUGCGUGAAGCAGAAGAAGAGUUUGGGUUUCAGCAAGCUGGUGUGCUGAAGAUACCUUGUGAAGUUGCUGUGUUUGAGAGCAUUUUGAAGAUAAUGGAGGACAACAAGACUGAUAAGUACCUGACCACACAGGAGUGCAGGUUUAAUGCAACGACUGAUGAAGUGAUAACUUACCGUCAUCCUUCGGAUUGCCCUAGGACUCCUUCUCAUCAACCUCACAGUCCAAUGUGCAGAUAGUUUAUUGUAUUUGUUUCAAUGUGUUUGUUUCUUUGAACCAUUCUUCUCCCUCUUCCCCCAUGUUCCCACUUUUUUCCUCUGGGGAUUUGAACUUGUGUACUUUGCAACUCCAGGAGAAAUAAGAAUGAGAGAUUUU